GAGUGAUGUGGAGGGCGAGGGGAGGAGGAGGAGUGGAUGAUGCUGAUCCGUAGAGGGGGUGAGGAGGAGGAUUCUGUGUGCGGAAGAGAAGGGUUGCCCGGGUCGUCGCGAUGGCCAUGAAAGCUCUACUCGGGCUGUCGUUCGGAGGGGCUCUGGGCCUCGUGCUGCUGGGCCUCGCCUGCGCCCUGCCCAUGUACAACGUGUUCUGGCCGCUGCUGGUGCUGACGUUCCACGCGCUGGCGCCCGUGCCUGAGCUGCUGUGGCGCCGUGUAGGUCGCGACUCGGACACAGGGAGCAGCUUGGGGCGAGAGAUCGCCCUGUUCCUCAUCGCCGGCGCCGUCACCAGCGCGUUCGGGCUGCCCAUCGUCCUCGCGCACGCAAGCGUCAUUAAAUGGGGCGCGUGUGGGCUCACGUUGGCUGGAAACGCCGUCCUCUUCAGCACGGUCCUCGCCUUCUUCCUCGUGUUUGGGCAAGAAGACGACAUCGGCUGGAGUCAAUGGUGACUCCUCGUCCGGCCUCAACGUUCCUCGCUCUAUAAACAUUCGUCCUUUUUAUACGUUUCUUUAAACAACGUUUUGUAAUGUGCAGGCCUCCUGAUAGCGUAUGCACUUAGUAGACAAAAUACAUAGGUUGGUCUUUAGCAUCCCUGGACAGAGAGGCCACAGAGGACACGACCUCCUGUCUCUACAUGCAAUAAUUUCCACGUCCUGAGCUUGGCAAACGUCACGUGACAUAUCUUUGCCACUCCCCAGGGCCUUGUAAUAAACCCAUCUGAGACACUUUUUUUGGUCAAGUUCUAGGCAAGAGCAGGUUGGUGGAAAAGGGACAAAAGUGAAAUGUAUUUCAUAGUUUGUUUUUGUAGAAAAUGUUAAAUGAUGCUCAAAGUUAAGUUUCUUUGAAAGUAUGGCCCACCGUUAAGUGAGAACAUGGUGACACGAAACACUAAUGUGGGGUCAGUGACCUGGCUACUAAGGAGAUGUGGUUGGCCUAUUGGCUGACACACAAUCUUUUAAAGUGGUUGGCUAAGGGCACUGCUACUGGAGGGCAGUGACCCCCACAAAUCUGAAUCUUUAUACUGGAGCAAUCCAAUGAGCUAUAAAGCUAUUUUUCACGGAUGACACAGAAUACCCAAUGCAAGCAUUAUCAAUGGUAAUGUUCCAAAAUUGUUUACACUUUGUGCCUUUCCUUUAUAGUAGUGGCUGUGACAUCCAUCCCUAUCCUCCCAUACAGUAUCUCCAUGUUUACCAAAACUCAAUGCCGCACGGAAUUACCAAAGCACAUUGUAAGCUGUGAAGCAGACAUUAAAGACCCUGUGACCUAAUUCACAAGAUUGGGCUACUGGGUAAUUCACCGUUUCAGUCGCUAAAGAUUAUUGCGUCCUGGGGGCUAAAUGAUGGACUAUAACAACCACUGCCUUCACCUCAUUACUUCCAGGUGAGGAUUAUUUACUCGUGGUGAAGAUGUGAUGCUGAUAAUGAUGGCAAUUAAUGAUUGUGUUAACCAUAUUUAAACAUUUGUGUACCCGUUGGAAUAAAAAUUCUCUGUUGGGA